AUGGCCACCACAGACGAGACUCUCCCGGGCCGUUCGCCCGAGGCACAGGCCGACGAGCCGAUGGACGAUGCUCCCACGGACGCUACGCCCUCGAAGCCAGAGGAGAAAGCGGCAUCCUCGCCGGAUUCGAGCACGCAGUCUAAGAAGCGGUCCGCCCCCAGCUCGGAGCCCAAUGGCGCGGCAAAGGCGACGAAACGGAGGGCUGCGCGGGCCUGCAUCAGCUGUAGGAGCCGAAAAGUGAGGUGCGAUGUAGUCGAAGGUGCGCCUUGCGGCAAUUGCAGGUGGGACAAUGUGGAGUGCAUUGUUCAGGAAAGUCGUCGUCGACGUAAGAAUCUUUUUCACUCGAAUCCAGCGGCCUCUCAAAGCAACUCGGCCCCGCAGCCUGCCGAGGCACAACUGAGAGCGAAACCGCCCAAUCCCGUCACCAUCGCUGCCGCUACCGCUGCGGCACCGUUGCGGCGCCCCAGCGAGGGGGCUCAGCUCUCGCCCGUUAGUAACGACGUUGCCAGCUCGGCGGCGAUCCUGGACGGAGGCUUGGAGAGCCACGUUCCCCAUCUGCUAUAUCAAAGGUCGGGUCUGCGGCCUGAUCCGGUACUGUUGUCCAAUCUUCAGGCCAGCAACAACGGAUCGCGUUAUCCCAGCAUCUGGCCGAAUCCGAAUACGUGCCAGAGCGCGAACUCGGCUGCUGGCACAGGGGCCCUGAGGACGGCGCAGUUCCUGAACUCGCUCGAGGAGCCGGAUGCUUCCUCGCACUUGCCUGGCUUCAUCCGGCCGCUUCCCACCAAGAUCUCGCCGGAAGACGUGAGCUACCUUCAUACCAAGGGUGCCCUAUCGCUGCCAAGCCCCUCUCUCCAGAACGCGCUACUAUGUUCAUACAUCGAAUAUGUCCACCCUUACAUGCCCCUCUUGGAGCUACAUGACUUCCUUGCCAUGGUCGAUUCUCGCGACGGCCUGUACGGCCAGGCCAGCUUGUUCCUCUACCAGUCCGUCAUGUUCGCGGCCACCGCCUUCGUGGACGUCAAGUACCUGAAGGAGGCUGGUUACGCCAACAGGAAAGCUGCUCGGAGGGACUUCUUCUAUAAGGCCAGGCUUCUAUACGACUUUGACUACGAGUGUGACCGACUCAUCCUCGUGCAAGGCCUCCUACUGAUGACGUAUUGGUAUGAGACGCCCGACGACCAGAAAGACACCUGGCACUGGAUGGGGGUCGCGAUCUCGCUGGCGCAUACUAUCGGCUUGCACCGAAACCCGGCCAACACGAACAUGGCGCCGCGGAAGCAAAAGCUGUGGAAGAGGAUAUGGUGGUCGUGCUUCAUGCGCGACCGCUUGAUCGCCCUCGGCAUGCGAAGGCCGACGCGGAUAAAGGACGAGGAUUUCGACGUGCCCAUGCUGGACGAACACGACUUCGAGGUCGAGCCGCUCGCGGACGAAAUCCAGGUCGUGGGCCCCGAAUGCCCCCUCGUGCGUGACGUUGUGAUGCAGCAAGAGCUCGCCUUGAUGUGCGUCGCGAAGGCAAAGCUUUGCCUUUGCAUCAGCCACAUGCUGAAGGCCCAGUACUCGGUCCUCAUCAGGGACAAGUCGAGGGCAGAAAACACGACGAAUAGCACGAUGAUGCUGUUCCCUAACAAGCAGUUCGACAACGUCGAGAGCGUCAACUCCUGCGACCUCGAGCUCAUGGCUUGGGUGCAGUCACUCCCGGCCUGCUGCCAGUACCGACCGUUGACGGCUCUGGAUAUCGAGAACGGCCGCGCGACGAUCGCGAUACAGCGCAACCUCCUGCACAUGGUGUACUACACGACGAUAUCGGCGCUCCACCGGCCCCAGUUCCUCCCGUCCUCGCCCAUGCACGCGCCUCGGACUUCGGCUCAGGCCCAGGAGAUGUCCCGGGCGAGGGUGCGCGAGGCCGCUUCGCAGAUCACCCUGAUGGUCGCCGAGCUGCACCAGCUGCGGCUCGAGAAGUACCUGCCGACGACUGGCGUCACCGUCAUCCUCCCCGCCAUGAUCAUCCACCUGCUAGAGAUGAAGAACCCGCUACCGCAGCCACGGAAAAUCGCGAUGGGCGGCUUUAGGCAGUGCAUGAAGGUCAUGGAAAAGUUGCGCGACAUCUAUUCCGCGGCUGAUUACGCAGUCGCGUUCCUCGACGCGGCACUGCGCAAGGCAGCCAUCGACCUGCAGGUGGCUCAGACCCAGGGGUUCGGCAACAGCAGCUUCAGCGUCAACGGAGGAGGCAUCAAGCUAACCGCGUCGCCGCUUACAGCCACCGGCGCGGCGGUCGAGAACAUGGCAACGCCGCCGCCGGAGAAUGCACCGUACGCAACGGCGCAGGAGACGAACCUGUUCCCAAUGUCGUCAGCGUCAGCGUCCGCGGCGGCGGCGGCGGCGAAGCAGCAGCAACAGCUAGAGCAGCAGCAGUUACAGCACCACCAGCAGCAGCAACAAUUCGUGCCGCCGGCGGACCUGGUGACGCCAGCGGCAGUGCACUCGCCGCCGCAUACGGAGAAGGAGGUGCUCACGCCGAGCGCGAGCGGGUCGUCGGACGGGCCGGCGGCACCGCUCGAUGUCGAGAUGGACUUCGAUACGCUCGACGGCCACGACGAAUUUGACUGGAACGCGCUGACGGGGACUAACAUCGACUUCGACCAGUGGUUGCAGUUCCCGGGCGAGGGCGGAAAGACGGCGGGCGCCGCGGUUGCCGGCGCCGGUCGGCCGACGAUGGGCGAGGUCGACGGGCCGCCUAGUUUUACCAUCGGCUUGCUCGACGGUGCUGCGCAGGGGAGCGGCCUCGCCUCCUGA